AUGGUUUCUGCCAAGAAGGUACCCGCGAUCGCGACGUCCUUCGGGGUCAGUUUCGCCCUCCUGCACGUCCUGUGCCUGGAGGCUUGUUUAAACGAAUCCCCAGGACAGAACCAAAAUGAGGAUAAAUUAUGCCCGGAAAAUUUUACCCGCAUCCUGGACAGUUUACUCGAUGGUUAUGACAACAGGCUGCGUCCUGGAUUUGGGGGUCCUGUUACAGAAGUAAAAACUGACAUUUAUGUUACCAGCUUUGGACCUGUUUCUGAUGUUGAAAUGGAAUACACAAUGGAUGUGUUCUUCAGACAGACAUGGAUUGACAAAAGACUAAAAUAUGAUGGCCCCAUUGAAAUUUUGAGAUUGAAUAAUAUGAUGGUAACAAAAGUAUGGACCCCUGACACUUUCUUCAGGAAUGGGAAGAAAUCUGUCUCACAUAACAUGACAGCCCCAAAUAAGCUCUUUAGAAUUAUGAGAAAUGGCACUAUUUUAUACACAAUGAGACUCACCAUAAGUGCGGAGUGCCCCAUGAGAUUGGUGGAUUUCCCCAUGGAUGGUCAUGCAUGCCCUUUGAAAUUUGGAAGUUAUGCUUACCCGAAGAGUGAGAUGAUUUAUACCUGGACAAAAGGUCCCGAGAAAUCAGUAGAAGUUCCGAAGGAGUCCUCCAGCUUAGUUCAAUAUGACUUGAUCGGGCAAACCGUAUCAAGUGAAACUAUCAAAUCCAUUACGGGUGAAUAUAUUGUUAUGACAGUUUAUUUCCACCUCAGACGGAAGAUGGGUUAUUUUAUGAUUCAGACGUACAUCCCAUGUAUUAUGACAGUGAUUCUUUCGCAAGUUUCAUUCUGGAUAAAUAAGGAAUCAGUUCCAGCUAGGACUGUAUUUGGAAUAACCACGGUCCUCACCAUGACCACACUGAGCAUCAGUGCACGGCAUUCUUUGCCCAAAGUGUCCUAUGCCACUGCCAUGGAUUGGUUCAUAGCUGUCUGCUUUGCUUUUGUAUUUUCCGCCCUUAUUGAGUUUGCUGCUGUCAAUUAUUUUACCAAUGUUCAAAUGGAAAAAGCCAAAAAGAAGAAAUCAAAAGCCCUCCAGGAAAUUCCAGCUGCGCCCGUGCUGAAAGAAAAGGGUCCCGAAGCACCUCUGCAGAACACAAAUGCCAAUCUGAACAUGAGGAAAAGGACAAAUGCCUUGGUUCACUCUGAGUCUGACAUUGGCAUCAAAACCGAGGUAGGAAACCAUUCAAACAGACCUUCCGUGGUUGUUCAAGGAUCUUCUGAAGCCACAUCGCAGUCUUACUUAGCUUCCAGUCCAAACCCGUUCAGUCAUGCAAAUGCAGCUGAAACUAUAUCUGCUGCAAGAGCACUUCCAUCUGCUUCUUUUUCUACUCCACGUAGAACUGGGUAUGUGCCCCGGCAAGCUUCAGCGGGAUCUGCUUUUACCCAUCAUGUGUUCGGAUCAAGACUGGAGCGAAUUAAGACCACAGUUAAUACCAUAGGCGCUUCUGGGAAGUCGUCAGCCGCCACUCCUCCCCCUGCCCCACCACCUUCUGGAUCUGGCACAAGUAAAAUAGACAAAUAUGCUCGCAUCCUCUUUCCAGUAACAUUCGGGGCAUUUAACAUGGUCUAUUGGGUUGUUUAUUUAUCUAAGGACACUAUGGAGAAAUCAGAAAGCCUAAUGUAA